AAUUGAUCUGCGUUGGUUUGGAUGAUCUCGACAUGUUAAAUUGCCGGUCUUCCCACACCCAUUUGUAAAUGUACAUGACCACAGAUUGAGCUUCUUCCGAUCGUCACGGUCGUGGUACAAGGGAGGAUCGGACUCAUGGCUGCACUCGCGGGCAUUGCGGAACCUGUAACAAUCAGCUACAACGAUCUAAUCAACGCUAAAGACACGCUGGUGGAUCCGAUAUCUAGAGCCUUUGGCUCCAACGAGGAUGCCUUGGGGAUUAUAGUGGUCAAUCAACUCCCCCCAGAAUAUCCCUCGCUUAGAGGAAGACUUUUGAAGCUCGCGCAUAAAUUUGGCUCCUUGGAUGAAUUAGUCAGAAGCAAGUACUCUGAUCCUCUGUCUAACUAUAGCUUCGGCUGGUCCUGGGGAAAAGAGAUCAUGAACGGAGCUCCAGACACCCUGAAAGGGUCGUACUAUGCAAACAUCAGCAUCCCAGGGCCAGAAAGUGCAAUCAAUGAGGACCUGCGCAAAAGUUACAGGGAGUACUAUGGGGAUAAUAUCUGGCCGUCUCAAGAACCUGGGCUGGAGGCAUUGGAAGAAGCUUUCGUAUCUUUGGGCAGAUUCAUACUCGAUAUCGGGUGCGACCUUGCCACCGCUUGCCAGCCAUUUGUUUCAUCUCAGCUUCGAGACAACUCCGUCACCUUGUCAGAAAUGAUCAAAACUUCACCGAUUACGAAAGCUCGGCUGUUGCAUUACUUCCCUCCGCCCAAUACCUCGACGACUCCAGACGAUGAACCAGUUGAUAGUUGGUGUGGCUUCCAUAAGGACCAUUCUCUGAUCACUGGUCUUUGUUCUGCUAUGUAUUUGUCCAGACCCUCGGACUGCCCGGCUCAGCCGAUAAUCGUGCCAUCCCCAAGUCCAUCCUCGGGUUUAUAUAUUAAGACUCGCGGAGGGGACCUUCGCAGAGUCGCUAUCCCAGCCGAUGCACUUGCUUUCCAGAUAGGGGAAGCGCUCGAGUUGGCGACCGAUGGCAACCUCCGUGCUACGCCUCACUGCGUGCGGGUGGGGGGAGGAUCGAAUGCGAUUUCACGCGAGACUUUUGCGCUCUUCAUGCAACCGGAUGUUCGACGUCAGAUUUCUACGAAGGAGACGUUCGGAGAGUUCAGUAAGCGAGUGUUUGCUGAGCAUUACCAGGGCAUCAUGUAAAAUAUAAUUAAGUUAUAGAUGGGUGACAGAUUCGCACAUGUUGUACAACGACAUUACAAAUAUAUCCCGUCUAAGUGGAAAGUAAAUUACAUAUCU